AUGUUUCUUUUCUUUUAUCCUUUCUUUCUGCAAUUUGUUCAUAUCCAUCUAUAUUUCAUAUCUCUUUCCUUUUCUUUCUUCAAUUUCUUCAUAUCCAUCUAUAUUUCAUAUCUCUUUCCUUUUCUUUCUUCAAUUUGUUCAUAUCCAUCUAUAUUUCAUAUCUCUUUCCUUUUCUUUCUUCAAUUUCUUCAUAUCCAUCUAUAUUUCAUAUCUCUUUCCUUUUCUUUCUUCAAUUUGGUCAUAUCCAUCUAUAUUACAUAUCUCUUUCCUUUUCUUUCUUCAAUUUGUUCAUAUCCAUCUAUAUUUCAUAUCUCUUUCCUUUUCUUUCUUCAAUUUCUUCAUAUCCAUCUAUAUUUCAUAUCUCUUUCCUUUUCUUUCUUCAAUUUGUUCAUAUCCAUCUAUAUUUCAUAUCUCUUUCCUUUUCUUUCUUCAAUUUGUUCAUAUCCAUCUAUAUUUCAUAUCUCUUUCCUUUUCUUUCUUCAAUUUGGUCAUAUCCAUCUAUAUUACAUAUCUCUUUCCUUUUCUUUCUUCAAUUUGUUCAUAUCCAUCUAUAUUACAUAUCUCUUUCCUUUUCUUUCUUCAAUUUGUUCAUAUCCAUCUAUAUUUCAUAUCUCUUUCCUUUUCUUUCUUCAAUUUGGUCAUAUCCAUCUAUAUUUCAUAUCUCUUUCCUUUUCUUUCUUCAAUUUUUUGAUAUUUAUCUAUGUUUCUUAUCUUUUUGAGAUUUUUUCUUUCGUUUUUUCAUAUUUAUUGAUUUUGUUUCUGUCUAUUUUUCUUUACUUUCUUUUUAUCUACUUCUUUUUAAUUUCUUUCUUCCGUUUAUUCAUAUCUAUGUUUGUUUUUUCUUUCUUCCAUUUAUUCAUCUGUUUUACUUUUAUUCUUCAGUUCAUUCUUAUCAAGCUGUUUGUCUUUCUUCAUUCAUAUCUUUUCUUUUUUAUUCUUCAAUUUAUUCAUAUUUAUCUAUCUAGUUACCUAUUUAUCUAUAAUUCUUUUUUUUUCUUUCUUCAGUUUGUUCGUAUAUAUCUAUGA